CAGCUGGUUGGGUGUUCGGGUGGUCGGGCUGUUAAAGGCUCUAUCAGUCAGGUAGUUGGGCGUUCGGGUCGUCGGGCUGUUGGGGGUUCGAGCAGUCGGAUGGAUGUGUGUUCGGGCGGUGGGAGAAGGCAACGUCCAAGGAACGGAUCAGCCGAUAGAGCUGACGGGCUCGUGGAAACUAAGGCGAUCGUUGCCGCCUCGACGGCGAAAGGGUCGUCUUCGUGGGUCGACACCUUGACGAUGGGCAGCGCCCGAGGCGAGCCAGCCCGGCCUUGUGACCCAGACACAGACCUGACGACCGGUCUACAGACACAGCCACAGUCCAGCCUAAUCGGUCCGCAUUGGCUCGGCUCAAACAGCUGCCUCUGCUCCCAUUCCUCUUCCCCCCGGCGCUCGCUAUGUACAAGGCUUUGCGACGGCUUCGCUUCGUGUCGCGUUGUGUCUGCAAGAGGCAGCAAUUGUCUGUCAGAGCCCGAUGCAGAGACGAAUCGAGGCGGUCAUGCGUUGCCACGACGUCAGGCUCAGCCCCGUAGUCUCGGCACAAACGAGGUGUCGACAACACGACAAAACUCAGGGUACCGCAAUAAGGCAGAUUUGAGACGAGAGUGGCACACGCAUAGAAGGAUGAUGGUGGUGCAAAAGAGACACACAGACAUACGGGCAAACAGACAGACAUACAGACAGGCGGACAGUCGUCGCCGUUUUCUCUCGCCUCCGCAAUCGCAGUCCUACAAGAAAGCCCUUGAGUCUGCUGGAGACAACCGGUACCGCAAGACGUCAAAACUCUUUUGGUGGACCCAUGGCACGGCAACUGUUGCGAAUUAG